AUGCAGCGAGCGACGUACGCGCAAUCGCCGCCCCUUCACCAUCCAGUUCCUCAGCAUGUGUCAACCGUGCCCCAACUAAGAUCGCCGCCUCCUCCCCCGGGCUCUGCGCAAUCGCACGGCUACGGGGGCAGCGGGACGACUCCCUACCAGCAGCAGGGAGGUACCAGCGGGAAUGUUUUUGGCUCCUACGGAAACUUUAUGAAUGAUCCCACGGCGCAGGUGGCGGCGCAAUUCGGCCAGACGGCCUUCAAGCAUGGACAAGAGUACAUGGAGCAGAAUUUUGGCCGAUAUGUCAACGUCUCUGCGCUCAAGCACUACUUCAACGUCUCCAACUCGUACGUCGUCAACAAGCUCUUCCUCGUCGUCUUCCCCUGGAGGCACAAGCCUUGGUCGCGCAAGCAAGCCGUCGGGCAGAAUGGGCAAGAAGGCUGGUACCUCGCCCCACGAGACGACAUCAACAGUCCCGACAUGUACAUCCCAGUCAUGGCAAUCGUCACAUAUAUCCUCCUCUCGACCCUGAUCGCCGGUCUCGGUGGCAAGUUCCAGCCUGAGCUCCUCGGAAAGACGGCCACGAUUGGCCUCGUUGUUGUCAUUGUCGAGAUUGUCGCACUCAAGUUGGGAUGCUACCUCCUGAGCAUCUCUAGCCAGUCGCAGCUGUUGGAUCUGAUCGCAUACUCGGGCUACAAGUUUGUGGGCAUCAUUGUUACCAUUGUUGUUGCCGAGAUCCUCAACGGUGGCAAGGGAACAGGUGGCUGGAUUGGCUGGGGAGUGUUUCUGUACACCUUCUUGGCCAACUCGCUCUUCUUGAUGCGAUCACUCAAGUACGUGCUCCUCCCCGAGACGUCGGGCGGCAACAACGGACCAAUGCAGACCGACUCUCGAGCAAAGCGCAACCAGCGGACACAGUUCCUCUUCUUUUACUCGUACAUUGUGCAGUUCUUUUUCAUUUUGGUUACACUGAGACCUCCGAUCCCAGCUCCGGACAGGGAAUUAGCGCUAGUAACAAAUAUCGCAGCCAUGUCACUCUCAUCACCCAUGCUCACGGCCGCCCUCCAGAAUGCCACGCUGGGCGCCUUUGCAAACGUGUUGGCUCAGCUCAUCACGGCCUACAGAACAGAGUCCGAUGUCGCCAUAGACUGGAUCCCCGUCUUUCAGUUCCUGCUCUUCAACCUCAUUUGCACACCGCCCAACUUUAUGUGGCAAGACUUUCUCGAGACAACAUUCCCCGCCCACCCCAAACCACAGUCCUCCAAGGAAAAAACCACCAAGCCCAAGUUUUCAGUCCGCAACACGGCCAUCAAGUUCAUCCUGGACCAGACAGUUGGCGCCGCCCUCAACACGCUCCUGUUUAGUACCUAUGUUCACUCCUUCCGCCUGGCCCUUCAUCCCGUCCCCGUCAUCACCAGCCUCCCCAAGACCGUGGUCUUCUUGACUUCCCCUGGAGCCCUGAACUUUUCCCGCGUCGACUGGCCUACUGUCUGGGCUGCUGCGCAGAACGAGUUUGUCCCCUUUGUCGUUGCUGGCUGGAAGCUCUGGCCUGCUGUGAGCCUCGUCAACUUUGCCGCUAUCAAGACGGUUGAGGGACGAAACCUGGUGGGUGCUCUUGCUGGCGUUGCUUGGGGAGUCUACGUGAGCUUGAUUUCAGCUCAAUGA